AUGGCUUCCAUACGAGCGCCAUUUCGUGCCCUCCCAAGGACCAGCUUUCUUCUUGGUUCUCGACGGUCAUGGACUUGCACCGCCUGCAAAUAUGGAAGUCCUAGGACUUUCCAGCGUGGAGUUGCGUCGACUGCGACUCAGACUCCGGGGGACUUCAAAAAGCCGUACUAUGUGACCACGCCGAUCUUUUACGUCAAUGCUGCACCACACGUCGGCCAUUUCUAUACCAUGGUCAUCGCCGAUAUCUUGAAACGAUGGCAGGUCCUGCUGGGAAACACCGAUGCUCAGUUAUUGACCGGAACUGAUGAACAUGGAAUGAAGAUCCAGCAAGCAGCCCUCGCAGCGGGAAUGGAUACCCAGGCUUUUUGCGACAUGAAUUGCCGAACUUUUGAGGCCCUAGCCAAAGCUGCAAAUCUGAAUAACGAUCACUUUAUUCGAACCACUGAUUCGGCGCAUCGGGAAGCUGUACAAUAUUUCUGGGAAAUGCUUCAACACCGAGGUUACAUCUACACUUCUAAGCACGAGGGAUGGUACUCCGUUAGCGAUGAGACUUUUUACCCGCAAACGCAGGUACAGAACUCCCUGGAUCCAGCAACGGGACGAAAGAGGAUGGUCUCAAUUGAGACUGGAAAGGAGGUAGAGUGGUCCUCGGAGACCAAUUACCAUUUCCGCCUGUCCGCAUUCAAGGACCGCCUGCUGGAGCUAUAUAAGAGAGAAGACUCGUUCAUCACGCCAUCAAAGUAUUCAACAUCCAUUAUUCAAUCGGUCUCAUCCGGACUGCAGGACCUGUCAAUCUCACGGCCAGCAGAGCGUCUCACCUGGGGCAUUCCGGUUCCCGGUGAUAACACCCAAACAAUCUAUGUUUGGCUGGACGCGCUCGUGAACUAUCUCACUAGAGCCGGAUACCCAUUCCCUCCCGGGCAAGAGGAAAACUCCAUGUGGCCCGCAAAUGUCCAUGUGGUCGGGAAGGAUAUUGUUCGUUUCCAUUGCGUCUACUGGCCCGCAUUCCUCAUGGCUUUGGAUCUUCCUUUGCCACAAAACGUCCUGGUGCAUGGACAUUGGACUAUGAAUCGCGAGAAGAUGUCAAAAUCUACUGGCAAUGUGGUGAACCCAUUCUUCGCCAUCGACAGAUUCGGCGUGGAUAGCAUGCGGUUCUUCCUAGCCUAUCAAGGAGGUUUCUCUGACGAUGCCGAUUACGAUAACGCUUUCAUCAUUCGUGAUUAUAAGAAGUUGCUCCAAGGAGGAAUUGGCAACCUGGCAGCGCGCUCAAUUGGGCUUGCCAAAGGAAAAUUGGGCUCAUAUAUCAAGGACGCCACUUCUAAUAACCUCCCUGUCCCCAGCCCGGCGGAUCGGGAACACCGGAAAAUGUUGGUCUUGACACCGCUCAAGGUUGCAGAGCAUAUGAAGGGACUGAACCCGCGUGCUGCGCUGCAGGAGAUCAUGAGCAUCAUCGAGAAGACCAACAAGUACUUCCAUGCAACGGAGCCAUGGAAGAACCCCAACCACCAAUGGGUUCUCUUCAACGUGGCAGAGUCGCUCCGCAUCUCUGGCAUCAUGCUACAGCCGUUCAUGCCCGCAAAGUCACUGGAACUUCUGAAGAUGCUCCGCGUAGAUACAUCCAAUCCUGCCAAGAUAGGAUUCUCUGCAGCGGUCUAUGGAUCGGAUUCAAAGUACGGUAAAGGUGCCAAGAAGGGUCAUCUUUUCCCUCCUCUCCUCGCUGAAAACUAA